GUUUUUUCAUGUCGUGACCACUGAACUGAAUCAUUACUCAAAUCUGCAUCAACAUCACUCAUUCACUUUAGCACCUCAGGUUACUAGUUUAGAUAAAAACUGAAGGGACAAAACAAAUCCCAUUUGAAGCCAAUAACAAGGUCCUUUAAUUUGGCUUCCGAUUACCGAAGCAGACCUGCAGGUGUCAGGCUCUAACUCACUGAUACAUAAGGCAAAUCCAGAGACCUCAGGCCAGGAAAUGGGCUUCACGAUGGGUCUCAACCUCAUCCUCCUCGUUGCCAUGGUGGCCACGAACAUCCUUGCCCUCUAUCACCUCACUGCCUCCUCGUUCGAGCCUCCCAAUUCCCCGAAAGCACCUCAACUUGUUCCUGACCAGCUUCUUCACCAACUUCACACUAUACGCGCCACCGUUAACAGUCUCACGCGCCUUCAGCACUCGUCUGGGAGUGACAAUCCUGCUUCCGCCACUAAACCCACUGUCCCUUCAGAUCUCUUGUUGUACUCUCAUCUUGCUCCCAUUGCUUCGGCUUGUCAUAACUACCCUGAGCUUCUGCACAAGUACAUGAGCUACACUCCUUUCUCGCUUUGCCCUUCAGAUUCCGACCUCGCUGAGACUCUCAUUCUCCGAGGUUGCCACCCACUUCCUCGCCGGCGAUGUUUCUCCAGAACCCCUCAAAAGCCUACUUCUUCUCUUCCCCUUGACCCCUUCACUUCAUCGCUCCCGAGCUCCAAUGUGAUCUGGGAUAAGUACUCCUGCAAAAGCUUUGAUUGCCUCAACCGCUUGAAUCCCAAUAUGGGUUUCGACCUAUCUCAAGAAAGAGCCAAAUUCGUGAGCUACAAAACCGAAUUGGAUCUUCCGAUCCCCCAAUUGAUGCAAAUCGCAAAAUCAGCGAAAAACGUUCUCCGUUUAGGUCUCGAUAUCGGUGGCGGCACUGGGACCUUCGCUGCGAGAAUGAAGCUCUAUAAUGUGACGGUAAUGACUACAACCAUGAACGUGGCCGCUCCGUACAGUGAGGCUGUUGCGCUGAGGGGUUUGGUACCGCUGCAUGUGCCGUUGCAGCAGAGGCUGCCGUUGUUCGAUGGUGUUGUUGAUCUUGUUCGAUGCGGUCGCGCAAUAAACAGGUGGAUCCCAUUAACGAUGAUGGAAUUUUUGCUCUACGAUGUGGACAGAGUAUUGAGGGGCGGAGGGUAUAUGUGGAUAGAUCAAUUCUUCAGCAAGAGAGUAGACCUUGAGAAGAUUUAUGCCCCUUUGAUUGGAAAGUUUGGGUACAAGAAGGUGAAGUGGGCGAUUGCAAAUAAGACUGAUGCUGCUGGGUUGAAGAAUGGAGAGGUUUACUUGACUGCCUUGCUGCAGAAGCCUAUGUCAAGAUGAAGUUAAAUACCACCGAGGUUGUUAAUGAAGAAAUACUGAUGUACACUGGGACAAAUUGCCCUUGUUGGUGAUUGUCAACGUUGCAAUUAUAUCAACUCAACGAAGGAAAUUUAGAAGGCAGGUCAAAUGGAAUUGUAUAUCUGUAGUGGUCUUGGGACAAAUGGCGGAGGAAUAUAUGCCCAUAAACUUUUUGUUUUUUUGGCUCAUAGUCGCUUCAAAUGUUGUUUCAAUUAAUUGAUUAGAAAUAAAUUUUAGCAACUCCUACUGUGCCUGGUUAGCAGUAUAAAAUUUUUUUAUACGAUUGGUAUUUUGAUUA